CGGACCUCGAAAACAUCCACACUUGCUAUCGUUCGUCGUCGUCCUGGCACACUUCAAGCGCCAUUAUUUUUCCCACGCAGUCCCAUGCUAGAGAUCCUCACGCCCCUGCCCUGCCUGACUUGCUGCUGCCAUGGCGAGCCUUUUGCCUCGCUGCACGUCCUUGUCCUAAAACUUGACCAGCCUCUUUCAAACCACUCCUCCUCAUCGCUUCUGUCGUUGCCCACUGGCCCCCGAGAUGCGAGAGCAAGCCACCGUGUAAGAGGGGAACGACGCACCUCGUCCAACCAAACCUGGGUGUUGGAACGCAUCUAGCUCUGAAGAUAGAGACAGAGAGUUGAUUGACGUUUACUCCGCUUCUUGCGACCCAAGGCUUGACCCAAGAAGUGCUGUCCCCCUCCCCUCGACCCUUGUCAAUCGAUCGUCUUUUUUUCUCUUGAACCCACGCACGCGGUUGCCAGAAAUCCUCAUAACUUGGGUCGAGGCCCCCCCUGUUCAUUUUCACAGCUGGGCUGCCUUUUGACAUCUGUGUCCUGUACAGAUACCAGGCAACCUGCCCAUUCACCGACAGGAAAAAAGCACGGUCCUGUCUUUGCAUUCCUGGAUAUCCAAUUCCCAUCCACUCCCAUUUCCAUUCCAGCCUUCUUCGUGCAGGCAUGAAACAUAGCUAGCUACAUUUGCCCCCCGACAGCCGGCUACGACAUCCUUUCAAAUCUCGAGAGUCAUUACUUGACCAGUUCUUGCCGAGGAGGUAAAAAACCAUGAGGCGUGCUGCAGGUCGAGUGACUUUUGAGGAUAUUCGAUCAGCUGGGCUGAGAAGGUGGGAUGGUCGAUUGAGAAUCACGACUGACUGGAUCAAUGUCUUUCAUGAACCAGAGCUGUGCUGGCCUACAGGAGAUUGUCUGGUCUAUCUACGUGAACCUGGCCAGUCCAGCAGAGGACCAGCUUUCCGGGUACACACGGCAUUCCUCAGAGUCAAGGGAUUCGAGUCUUUGGUCGAGCGUUGUGUAGUCAGGAACUCGAUUCAUGCGGCGAGCCAAUGCGUCCUACCAAAUUGUCCAGGUUGUGACCCCGAGCAGUCGCUUCUCGAAUUGUAUAUCCCAGCACCGUAUGGAUCCGGACUCGAGGAAACAUUUGAUCACCAUGUCACUACCAGGAACUUCUUCGCAUGGCUAUACAAUCGACCGUUGGCUGGAAGGACACUGGGCAAAGCGCUGGUCGAGCUGAAGAAGAGGAUAGAUGACUACCGCGCCGAUGAUAGCUCGCAGAACAAGCUCGAAGUUGUAUCUUACGCCGAGAAUCAGAGGUAUCUGGACUUCAGGGAAUGUGUCGACCAUUCCCUGGCAGCGCUUCAUCUGGCCGAGAACCUUAGGAUUGAAGAUCUCUGGGUUGAUGCCUUCUCCCAUUGUGUGGGUAUGAGCCAUCGUGGUCUACGCUCGAGUAUCGAGUACGCGAUGGUCAGCUCGAGGGCCAAGUCUCUCAUCAGCCACGCAAGAACUGAAAUGGACACUCGUCUGCAGAAUGUGGACGAAGCAUUAGUAGACUUCUUUGAGGACGAAAUCUCUGACAGCUUCCUGGGACUGCCCCAGACAGCAAAGGACCACUUGAACAGGACCCGCGCCUUCUUCAAGAAAAUAUACGUGGAGCGUUACGGUUCAUGGCCGCCUUCGGACUUUGAAGAGGAUUCGGUCAAACAAACGGUGUAUGCGGCGAUAUUCAGUGACUUCCAGAACCUUUAUCAGCACCUGGUUGACCCGAACUCCGCUCCAGGUAUGGAAGAGACCGACAUCAGCAAGACUGGAGGGAUGUGCACGAUACAAAACAUCCAGGCAUUUGACGCAAAGCAUGAUUUUGAACCUCUGGCGCAACCGCUUCCACUAAUGCCAACUGCGCUGGAGUCCGUCUCGAGCCAGCGCUCAAAGACGCAGCGAAGAAAGUCCUGGAACCCGAUACAGAAGAGAAAGGUCGACAGGGAGGCUCGAAAACAACGUGACAAGCAAGCUUUGGUUGCUGCUUCUAAUAGGGAUGUGCUGGUCAUGAAUUCCGAAGUGGUCAGGAAGUUUUCUGAGUAUGAGCAACAGACUGUUGACGAUGACCUCGAGGGACUCCCGAUCACAGAAGGGCGAAAAGUGCGAUGGAUGCUUGUCUACGCAAUUCUACAAGUGUUUCACGGCGUGAUGCAUGCUCCAAAGCAGGUCCGUAACACGCGCGGGUUGACUUACUCGCUCUGUUGCCAUCCUCCCAAGCAGCUACCAUGGCAAGGAGCACAACGUCCCAUGCUCCGCUCGAUGACCGCUAGUGUCUCCCAAGUGGAGUUGGUGCCGGACCAGAGCUAUUCUCACACAAAUACAUCCGCCUCUGCUUCACCAGUCAUCGAGGAGAUGAUUUCGCGAGGGAGGUCGUUCAAGGCUCGUCGACGUACACUUCCCGCCCAGCUUGAAGGAGCUUUGGCGGGGGCGCCUUGGAUGAUGACCAAGACUCCCCCAAGCUCGCGGUCAUCAUCUUUGAGAAGACUGAUGUCGAGAAGGUCGCGCACCACACCGGAGCCGAUGCCAACCAUUAAACGGCCGGCAUUCUGCCAGAUCUACGUCGAAGGCUACGGCAAUGGCUUGAACGAGAUCAACCGGGAAACCAUGGCUACAAAAAUGGUAGCAUCUGAGCUUACGGCUGAACCAGAAGCGAAUCAUGAUCUCAUCAGGGAGGAGUUCCCCGAACCACAAGAGCUGGUCGGCCACGAGGUGCACGAACUCGACGCCGCCAGCGCAGGCGAGAGUCCCACUGCUCAACAAGGUGCUGCUUCUGUCCCCAUCCUCGAAGACGAGCCUUCAACGCCACCGGAAAUGUCUCGCGAAUCAUCCUCGGCCUCGGCGAACAGCAACUGGUCGAAGAAGAGUAGCCGUGACAGCGACAGCGACGAACUCGCCCCCACCACGCCCGCGGACGACACGAUCUGCACAUUGCAGGAGAUACUGAGGUCGACGCACAGUCUCAAUAUCGAAGGUGGUAGACCGACCGUAGGAAAGAGGACGUCUUCACUCACGCCGGUAUCUGCGGAUAUGAUUAGAGUUGUGGCUCACCACGGCGCGAGUACCAGCCCGAGCACGAUGAGAAGUUCCGACCACGACCACGACCACGACCACGACCACGACCACGAUCACGAUCACGACCGCGACCAACUCAACGACGCAAUGUCGGUGCCAUCUAUCCAUUUCAACACCUUGACUUGGGAUAGGAUUUUGGAUCAGCAUGCCGUGAGGAAGAGACCUGUGACGGCACCUGCGACGAGUUCGAUUCAGGUUGGCGCAUGACGAACCGUUGGCCGUCGACCAUUGAUCCCCAACCAUCCACCCUAAAAACCUGGGUUCAUAUAUGGUGUGGGGACACUGUUGUUUGUCCGUGUCGACGAUAUCAUCUGCGAGCCAUCAAAAAUACAAACAAACAACAGAACUUGAUGGGAAAGUGAUGUGCCUCUAUGGGAAGGAAGGAAGGAAUCACUAUUCAGGGACCGCAAGGAAUGUCAUGAAUGAGGAUGAUGGGAGGACCACUCUGUUUUUGCCCUAGUUUUCUACACCGUCUUUUUUUUGGUUGUGAAUGGGAAGAAAAGUACCACGGCCACCAAUUUUGACGGAUAAUUUUAUCAUGAUGAACCACGACCAAAAAAGAAAAUAGAAAAAACAAGGGGUGCACCUCUAACCCUCGGUUGAGAACUACAAAAUACCAAAGAGGGAGCACGCGAUGAGGGAUGACUAGGCUGGUAUGUUUAAUGGAGGGUAUAAUGGAACGGAAAAUGGGACUUUCUUUGACAGAAAGAAAGGGGACGAGAAGGUCGAUAGAAGAGUAUGAUUGUCAAUACGAG